AUGGCUUGGGCAUUGCUUUCUAUUUUGGCAGUGUCUGUAGCGCUCUGUGGUACCGUGAUAGGAAAUGUACGGGGCUUACCAAGAGCCGAUUCAUACCGUGAAAAGUCGUUCCGGGAAUUUCAAGCCACUCGCUAUAGCAAGCCUUCUCCGUUUGGUCGCAUGCGCUGGUCUUCCGCCACAUCUUCUGCAACGGCCGCAGCAUCAAAAGGAACCUUUAGCGUGUUGGACUAUGGUGCAGACCCAGCGGGCAUAAAGGAUUCAGCGAAAUCCAUUCAAAACGCAAUCGAGGAUGCCCAGAAGCAACUCUGGAACGAACCAGCAGUAGGUGGAAACGUUGCCGUCUCUCUAGAAGGAGGUUCUUAUCUUAUUUCGAAGCCCCUGAACUUCAGCCUACCCUGGAAUCAUGUCGUGGCUGGUCGGCUGACGUUUCGUGACGGGGGCCUGAUGGCAGGCUGGAAUCAUAGCGAGGGCUAUCUGCUUCAAGGUGACUUCACCACGGUGUACCUGGAGAGUUUGAAUUUGGAUGCGCGACAUCGCGGUGGUUGCAUUGACAUGCACACGCAUGAGCAAACAUUCAUACACAACGUAUUUUUCUCGCAUUUCUCGUCGGUGGGUUUGAACAUUGGCGACGGGCAUGAGCUACUGGUGGACGAGUGCAACUUCGAAGAGUAUGCGUUCAGCGAGGAUCAACGGGAGCUACAGUACCCCUUCACUGGCACAGCUAUUCUUGUUGGCUCACCGGAUAAUCAAUUCUGGAACAUUAUUGUGAAAUGCUGCAAGCAGGGCAUCAUCACUCGCGGCCAGAACAUCUUCAGUGGCAUCCACCUGUGGCCAAACUGUGCCAACUUCUCCAUCUCGGACAGCUAUUCGUUCAUCGCCGGCCCGGAAACGCGCAUCUGGGGUUCGUACAUGGAUGGGUCUGGUGUGCUGCUCACGCAGCCUGCUAAUGUUCACAUCACCGAUAGCUGGUUUUAUGGCCCGUACGGUGGACUCACGCUACAACUGAACAACACAAAGGAGCUGGGAUGGAUGCACGACGUCAUCAUCCGUCACAACACCUUCCACUGCCACCUGGGCUGCCCGCGGCUGCGCACGCUCGGGCUCGAGGCCACGACCAAGAUGGCCGUCCACGACGUCAUCGUGCGGGACAAUCACUUCGACAACCAAUCCCUGGCGAUAGGCACCUAUGCCCAGGCGACACACACGUCAACGGAGCCGGGCAAUGAGUUCUCGGUGGACUUCACGGGUAAACUGCUCUUCCCCGUUCCCGUUCAGAACUGCCACGUUCAAUACUCUUUCCAACUGCUCACUGUGAAUGCUGACAUUGGCACACACUUCAUGAUUCCCAGCAAGGGCUUGUAUGACGUCAGAGUGUUCAUAGUUGCCAAGGAGCCGGUGAAUGGAAGAGUUUUCGUUUCUGUGGAUCAAUCUAACUGCACUGAUGUUGAAUGA